AUGCAUUUGGUGGCUGGCGUUGUCGCCGGCGUCACUCUUGGUGUCUUCCUCAAGUUGUGCUUAAGGACGUCUUCAAGAACUUCGAUACAGUCGUGUCCGGAUGCGGCAAAGUUGUAUAUCGAACCAGACCCGUUGGCUAUCAUAGGUCUCAGUCCAGACGAGACUAUUGAAAAUUCGAAUAAAACUUUGGUUUUCGUGGGUGUUAUGACCGCGGAACAAUAUUUGGACUCGCGGGCGAGAGCAGUUUACGAUACGUGGGCGCAGGACUUGCCGGGUAAAAUAGCUUUCUUCAGCUCAGAGGUAUCUCGUGCGCCGGGGUUGCCUUUAGUUCCAUUGCGUUUUGUGGAUGAUAGCUAUCCGCCUCAGAAGAAAUCUUUCCUUAUGUUACUGUACAUGUACGAGAAAUACGGGGAUAAGUUCGAGUGGUUCAUGCGUGCUGAUGACGAUGUGUAUGUUAGAGGUGACAAGUUGGGGGAGUUUUUGCGUUCAGUGGACAGUCGAAAGCCACAGUUUAUUGGGCAAGCGGGUAGGGGUACGACUGCGGAGAGGGACGCUUUGGCCUUGGAGUACAAUGAGAACUUUUGCAUGGGUGGUCCAGGUGUGCUGAUUUCCCGGGAGACGUUGCGAAGGGUGGCUCCACACGUGAAAUACUGUCUAAAACACCUAUAUACUACUCAUGAAGACGUCGAACUAGGACGCUGCGUUGCUAAGUUUGCUGGCGUGUCUUGCACUUGGAGUUACGAUAUGCAAACGAUCCUGCAUCACAACGGCAGCGGCUCCGCGGCCUACACCGGCACGUUGAAGCGGCGAGAGGUUCACCGCGCUAUCACUCUGCACCCCGUCAAGGACCACCGCCAGAUGUACAGGCUUCAUACUUAUUUUAAGAACCUUCACAUCCAAGAGCUUCGAGAGCGAUCCCUGGACUUGCAUCGGGAUAUAGCGUCAUCGGUGCACGAGUUAGGCGUCGAGUCGGACAAGGUGGAGGAUUAUGUACUUCCAGGCGGAGUGCCUCUAUUUCCGGACAAAAUUGGCGAGGACGGUUAUUUAGGGAACAAUAAAAUUUUAGGUGCCCCGAUAGACUUCAACAGGUAUAAAGCGGAUGACGUAGAGGACAUUGUGCCAUUCGACUUCAUCAGCAAAUCGAUCUACUCUACCAGUCACUUGAACCCUAAGAGAAGGAUAGAAGCCCCACUGAAGGAAGCACUCGACGACGUUAUAAGAGAAGUGAUGGAAAUAAUCAACGCACCGUCUCGGCAACGGGGCCGAGUGAUCGAGUUCAACGAACUCCUCUACGGCUACACGCGGCUGCAGCCGCUGCACGGUGUGGACCACGUCUUGGACCUGCUGCUCAAGUACAAACGUUACCGAGGCCGUAAGAUGACGGCUGCUGUCAGGCGUCAUGCCUAUCUGCAGCAAACAUUUACGAGUACCGAGAUAAGAGAAUUGCCUAUAGGCGAGUCCCCACCUGCCGAAGAUCCAGCUAUAUUGGAGAAAAUUGAAGGCAUCGUGAAAGAUUAUGAGGAUUUCGAUGAGUCCGAUCAACAGCAGGCGAGCUUCUUGGAUUUCGGUAAACUGAAUGUACGAGGUGCAUUUGAAAGUGGACUUUUGAAAAUACAUAACAACCUACCCAAAGUACUGCAGUGGAACGAUGAAGAAUAUGAGUACCCUCUCUAUGAUAGAAGAAUCAAUUUCAUAAUGCCCUUAUCAGGACGACAGGAGACCUUCGGUCGAUUUAUGAAAAACUACGAAGACAUUGUUUUAAAAUCCGACGAAGCUGUCUCUCUGAUUAUUGUGUUGUAUUUAGACAGCAAAAACCCUUUAGAUUACGUUAAUACCCAAUCUCUUGUCACAUAUUAUAAGGAUAUGUAUGGAAAAGAUAUGAGAAUAAUGCAAAUGGGAUCUACAACCUUCUCAAGAGGCGCAGCUCUUACUGAGGGUCUGAAAGCUUGUGAAGAUGACGAUUUAAUCUUCUUUAUUGAUGUAGACAUGAUGUUUAAUCAUAUAACGCUAAGAAGAAUCCGAAUUAAUACAGUAAAAUAUACUCAAGUCUACUUUCCCAUAGUGUUUAGCGAGUACAACCCCGAUGUGGUGAAUGGUGACGAUUAUAACAAAUUCAAAGACGAAAUACUAGUAACUAACGAUGAUAUAGGAAAGUUUGUUGACGAAGAAGAACAGGAACCAAAAACGGAGAGGGAGUUAGCUAAUUUGAAGUACAGUGAAGAAAUUAACGAUGAUAAUGGUUACUUUAGGCAAUAUGGUUUUGGUAUUUUAAGUAUAUACAAAUGUGAUUUUAUGCGAGUGGGUGGUUUCGAUUUGAACAUUAAGGGAUGGGGUCUGGAAGAUGUGCAGUUGUUUGAGACUUUGAUUAAAUCAAAUCUAACAGUGUAUAGGACAGCGGACGAUAGUUUGGUGCAUAAGUUCCAUUCGGUUGACUGUGAUAAGAAUUUGGAAAAGAGUCAGUUUCUCAUGUGCCUUGGUACCAAAGCAUCCACGUAUGGUAGCGACAAGCACAUGACUUAUUACAUGUUAAAUCAUCCCGAAGUUUUGUGGCCUCAGGGUGCAGAAACGGUCAAUGAAGAAAAGGCGGAGCAAGGAGAGGGUGGAAAUAAGAAAGAUGAAAAAGAGAAAGGUGCUAGCUAA